AUGCCACCUGCCCUCUCCCCAAUAUGCCACUUCACCUUUAAACUACCUCCCUCUCCCCUAUGUGCCACCUCCCCUAUAUUCCACCUCCCCUAUAUGCUACCUCCCCUAUGUGCCACCUUCCCUAUAUCCCACCUCCCCUAUGUGCCACCUUCCCUAUAUCCCACCUCCCCUAUAUUCCACCUCCCCUAUAUUCCACCUCCCCUAUAUGCCACCUCCCCUAUAUUCCACCUCCCCUAUGUUCCACCUCCCCUAUAUUCCACCUCCCCUAUGUUCCACCUCCCCUAUAUUCCACCUUCCCUAUAUUCCACCUUCCCUAUAUUCCACCUUCCCUAUAUUCCACCUUCCCUAUAUUCCACCUCCCCUAUGUUCCACCUCCCCUAUAUUCCACCUUCCCUAUAUUCCACCUUCCCUAUAUUCCACCUUCCCUAUAUUCCACCUCCCCUAUAUUCCACCUCCCCUAUAUUCCACCUCCCCUAUAUUCCACCUCCCCUAUAUUCCACCUCCCCUAUGUUCCACCUCCCCUAUAUGCCACCUCCCCUAUAUUCCACCUCCCCUAUAUUCCACCUCCCCUAUAUGCUACCUCCCCUAUGUGCCACCUUCCCUAUAUCCCACCUCCCCUAUGUGCCACCUUCCCUAUAUGCCACCUCCCCUAUAUUCCACCUCCCCUAUGUUCCACCUCCGCUAUAUGCCACCUCCCCUAUAUGCCACCUCCCCUAUAUUCCACCUCCCCUAUAUGCCACCUCCCCUAUAUUCCACCUCCCCUAUGUUCCACCUCCCCUAUAUUCCACCUCCCCUAUAUGCCACCUCCCCUAUAUUCCACCUCCCCUAUAUGCCACCUCCCCUAUAUUCCACCUCCCCUAUGUUCCACCUCCCCUAUAUGCUACCUCCCCUAUAUGCUACCUCCCCUAUGUGCCACCUUCCCUAUAUGCCACCUCCCCUAUAUUCCACCUCCCCUAUAUGCUACCUCCUCUACAUGCCACCUUCACUAUGCCACCUUCCCUAUAUGCCACCUCCCCUAUAUUCCACCUCCCCUAUAUUCCACCUCCGCUAUAUGCCACCUCCCCUAUAUUCCACCUCCCCUAUGUUCCACCUCCCCUAUAUGCUACCUCCCCUAUAUGCCACCUCCCCUAUAUUCCACCUCCCCUAUAUGCUACCUCCUCUACAUGCCACCUUCACUAUGCCACCUUCCCUAUAUGCCACCUCCCCUAUGUUCCACCUCCCCUAUAUUCCACCUCCCCUAUAUGCUACCUCCCCUAUAUUCCACCUCCCCUAUAUUCCACCUCCCCUAUAUUCCACCUCCCCUAUGUUCCACCUCCCCUAUAUUCCACCUCCCCUAUAUUCCACCUCCCCUAUAUUCCACCUCCCCUAUAUUCCACCUCCCCUAUAUGCCACCUCCCCUAUAUGCCACCUCCCCUAUAUUCCACCUCCCCUAUGUUCCACCUCCCCUAUAUGCUACCUCCCCUAUAUGCUACCUCCCCUAUGUGCCACCUUCCCUAUAUGCCACCUCCCCUAUAUUCCACCUCCCCUAUAUGCUACCUCCUCUACAUGCCACCUUCACUAUGCCACCUUCCCUAUAUGCCACCUCCCCUAUAUUCCACCUCCCCUAUAUUCCACCUCCCCUAUAUGCCACCUCCCCUAUAUUCCACCUCCCCUAUGUUCCACCUCCCCUAUAUGCUACCUCCCCUAUAUGCCACCUCCCCUAUAUUCCACCUCCCCUAUAUGCUACCUCCUCUACAUGCCACCUUCACUAUGCCACCUUCCCUAUAUGCCACCUCCCCUAUAUUCCACCUCCCCUAUAUUCCACCUCCGCUAUAUGCCACCUCCCCUAUAUUCCACCUCCCCUAUGUUCCACCUCCCCUAUAUGCUACCUCCCCUAUAUGCUACCUCCCCUAUGUGCCACCUUCCCUAUAUGCCACCUCCCCUAUAUGCCACCCACCUCAACUGCAUGCCACCUCCCCUAUAUGCCACCUCCCCUACAUGCCACCUUCACUAUGCCACCUCCCCUACAUGCCUCCCCGAUCGGACAAAGCAUUGGUAAAUGCAUAA